AUGGUAUCACUGCGAUUUGCUACAAUAUUACUGUUAGCUCUGUUGGCAGUAUCGGUGACAGCAUCUAGUUGGUGGGACAAUGAUUGGGAUGGCCCAUGGCAACAUUAUUAUCAACAUCAUCAUCAUCAUCAUGGACAUUUUCCAUGGCAUCAUCAUUUCUACCAUCAUCAUGGCGAUCAUCAUUCGUUGAAUCAUGGAGGAUGGAAAUGGGACUGA